UUGGAUUGGAAAAGAAAGCAAAAAAAUAUGGCGACUUGGAUAACGUUACAUCCUCCAAAUUCAUCUUAUUUACGGCUACUGCCAUCAUCAUCAUCACCGUCGCCGUCGCGUCGAAGUCACCGUUGUCGUUUUAAGCCAUUUCGAUGCGUUCCACUUCAGCAGCAAGAUCCCCAGCUCGGACAGUCGCAGCAGGGUGAUUUCGAUGGAGCUGUGAUUUUGUGUGAGGACUGUAAUGGGAAAGGAUGGUUGCUUUGUGAUUUCUGUAAAGGUCAGAAAACAAAUGUGAAAUCUGAAAACAAUCGAAUCUAUCGACGAUGCCCAACUUGUAAAGCUGUGGGAUUUGUGUUGUGUGGAAAGUGUAAAGUGUUCAAGUGUGUCACAUUUCCUAAUUCAGAAGAUGGCGAUGAGCUUAUGUUCUAAGCUCUCCUUGUGGUGUCAGACACUCUUCUUCAAAGUACUCAAUUAAGUUUCAGGUUCCUUUCUUUGUUCCAAUUGUUAUAUAUAUAAAUUGUUUUUAGUCUGUCAAGAUUGAAUAUCAAAUAUAGCCGUAUGUAUAAGCACAUUGUAACAUUAAAUUGACUAGUGAAUCGUGAUUAUAUUGGCUUC